CAACCGCCACGCCAGUCCAAGUUACACGCCUUGUCACGCAGUCCGUGGAGGACUCGGCGCAACCCAGCAACCCCCUCAUCCCCUCUUCGCUCACACGCUCCCAUCCCGUGUCGUCUCCCCGUCGAUCGGCGAAAAAAAGGCUUUAAGCGAGCCGCUAGGGUUUAGCAGCUUCCACUCUUGAGCGAGGGUUUAUCCGCGAGGGGGCGGCGCGAGGGGGCGGCGGCUUGAGCUAGGGUUUCCCUCUGACCCCGUUCCCUUCCCGGCGAGGCGAUGGACGAGGCGGCGGUCGACGACUUGAUCCGGCGGCUCCUCGAGGCCCGCGGCGGGCGCACCCCGCGGAACGCGCAGGUGACCGACGCCGACAUCCGGCGCCUCUGCGCCGCCGCCAAGGAUGUGUUCCUCCAACAACCCAACCUCCUGGAGCUCGAGGCCCCCAUCAAGAUAUGCGGGGAUGUCCAUGGACAAUAUUCAGAUCUUCUUCGAUUAUUUGAGUAUGGUGGCUAUCCACCAGACGCAAAUUAUCUGUUCUUGGGUGACUAUGUUGAUAGGGGGAAACAGAGCAUAGAAACAAUAUGCCUUCUGUUGGCGUACAAGUUAAAGUAUCCAGAAAACUUCUUCCUCCUCAGGGGAAACCAUGAAUGCGCCUCGAUCAACCGGAUAUAUGGGUUCUUUGAUGAGUGCAAGAGGAGAUUCAAUGUCCGUAUCUGGAAGAUAUUCACUGAGUGCUUUAAUUGCCUCCCUGUGGCUGCGCUUAUUGAUGAUAAGAUCUUUUGCAUGCAUGGGGGGUUGUCUCCUGAACUUAAGAACAUGGAUCAGAUACGUAACAUUUCUCGUCCGGUGGAUGUUCCUGACGUUGGUCUCCUUUGUGAUUUGCUAUGGUCGGACCCCGAGAAAGAGCUUGAUGGGUGGGGUGAGAAUGACAGGGGUGUUUCCUACACAUUUGGAGCUGAUAUAGUUGCCGAGUUCCUUCAGAAACAUGAUCUAGAUUUGAUCUGCAGGGCCCACCAGGUUGUGGAGGAUGGGUAUGAAUUUUUUGCAAACCGCCAGCUUGUAACAAUAUUCUCAGCACCAAACUACUGUGGAGAGUUCGACAAUGCUGGUGCACUGAUGAGCAUUGAUGACUCCCUAGUAUGUUCGUUCCAGAUUCUCAAGCCUUCAGAAAAGAAAGGAAAAGCAGGAACUUCCAACAUGUCAAAACCUGGAACACCUCCCAGGAAGAUAAAAAUAAGUGUUACUCGAAUUUAGCCAGAUUCUCGAUAUCAAAUUGGAUUUGAGAAGUUGUGAUUAAGUGCUCCCCCAAACUUGUUAUGGUAGGGUUUUUGGUGGUCUUAACAUGGUGUUAAACUGUGGACUGCCGUGCCUCAUGUCUCUGAUCAAGUCUGAUGCGAAUGUAUCCUGGUGUGGACUGCCGUGCCUCAUGUCUCUGAUCAAGUCUGAUGCGAAUGUAUCCUGGUGUUUUGCCAACCAAAAAAGAUCAUGCUAACAGAAACUUUCGUUUUUUUUUUAUUGUGGUCUUAUGUUCUUAUUGCCCAACAAAAGGAACACGUUUAUUUUGGGUGGCAUUGUUUGCGGAGAUUGUGCCUUUUGUACUUAACCUGUACGGUUUGUCCUUGGAAAUGCUUUGUCCUUGGAAAUGCUAACUAACAGCAAAUGCCUUUUA